AAGCGAUCUCUGGUUAAAGAGGAGGAAAGUGGUAGCGACGUGGACGACGAGGGACACAAGAAGAUGGCAGGGACAAGACCAAAAUUGGACAACAGCAAGAUUGCAGGAAGAAGACCUUCACAACCAGAAGAGGUUAGCUUGAGAGACAUUUUGAAAGAGAUUCAGAGACUGGCAACGAAGCAGGAUGAAUACCAGCAAGAAGCCCAGAUAAAAAUGGACAAACAAACUAUUCAACAAAGGGAAAUAUGCGAGGAACUUCUUGAAAUGAAAAAAGAAUUUAGAGAGGAGAUGGGAUUGUUGAAAAAGGAAAUGAUGAAGACAAAUAAGGAGAUUAACAACUUAAAAAUGGAAAAUAUGAAAUUAGUCAAACAACAAAAUACCCUACAAAAAAAGAUGGAUGAUUUUGAACAAAAAAAUGAUAAACUUGAGAAAUUAGAAAAACUACAGGAGAAACUUGAACAAAACGAGAGGGAGUUUCAGCUACGCUUCCGAAAUGUGCAGGAGGAAGCAAAAGAAGAUACUCGCCAGUUGAUAACUAAAUUGUUAGCUAAUCUCCUAAAACGAACAGAAGAAAAUAUGGACAAUGAGAUUGACAAAAUCUAUCGAGUUCAAACUAACUUUUCCAGAAGAAAUAAAGUGGCGAGGGACAUUAUUGUCCAUUUUGUAAAAAAAAGGAUAAGGGAUGAAAUCCUGAUUCAAAACAGCCGAAACCCAUUGUAUUACAAAGGUAAAAAAGUGAUCGUACUAAAAGAAUUCCCUCAAGCAACAUUAAACAGAAGGAGGAAGUACUUUUUUCUGACUGAUGAACUGAAACGGUUGAAAAUAAGAUUCCGUUGGGAGAAAAAAGAAGGAAUAAUGGUCACAUAUAAAGAGGAAAAGCACUGGUUAACCUCAGAAGAUAAGGCUAAGGAGUUUUACAAGAGGUACAUAAAGGGAAAAAGUGAAAUACCUUCAGAAACCACUCCCCCCUCAGUCAAAAGAAAGAAAGCUAAAAGAGCGAGAUACCAUUCGGAGGAAAAACAGAAGCUUAAAACGGACUCAUUCUAUAAACUAGUAAAUGUGUCAGAUGAGGGGGAAGAGGGGAGUUCUGAAGAAGAAGAAGAAAGAGAGGACAAGGAAGCGGAAGAAGAAGAAGAGGGAAUAGGGUCGGAAAAAGAGCAGGAAUUGGAGGAAGACAAAGCGCAGAUGACAUCAGAUAAUCCCCAUGAAAACGAGAAUGACGGCCAGAAUAACUCUAGCAAAACAAUGGAAGUCUGAACAGAUUCCAGAGCUGGAGCAAUGGAUGGAGAAGAUAGACGAAAUAAAGAAUAUGGACAAACUAACUUGGUAUUUGAAAGAAACUAGAGGAAAACCAAUAAAGAAGACAAAUUGGGAUAAAGUGGAUAUGUAUUUUCAACAGAGGUAUAUGCAGAAACGAACCGGGACAUUGAAAGAAAGUUAAUUUAAAAGUUAAAAAUUUAAUGCCGAUAUAAGAGGAAAGAACGGAAGUUUUGUAUUGGAUCAGCCCCCUCCCUCCCUUCCCUUUCCCUCCCCAACCUUGACCCCCCCCCCUUUUUUUUUUUUGUUCCCCCCCCCAACACUGUUUAUCCCCACUGUAACUCCCCGUUUUUAACUUGCUUUGUAUGUUUUCACUAUCUGCAAAUUAUUCAAUAAAAAUUAUUAUACAAAAAAGAAAUCUUGCUUAGAUUUUCACACAUGCUAAAUGAAAU